AAACGACGUUAGCGUCGGUAACCCUAUAAAUGACGCUGACCUUCUGAAAUCUUUCCCUUUGCUACGGGACUUUUGAAGGAGACGCCUGAAGGAGCAUAACGCCUCGGAAGGUUUGAACCUAGUGAGAAGUCUGCUUUGCAAAACUUGCUAAAGAAGCGCUUGCUGAAAUACGCACUUGCUGAAGAAUCCCACAACCCGGGAAAGAUGGAUCCUGGCCAGGAGAAGAACCAGCAGGGUGAUCAGCUGGAAGCUCAUAGUGUAGAGCUUCCAGCAGAUGGAUCCCCAACGUUGGAGGAACAUCCAGACGGCGGUAAGGAUCUUGGUAAGGUGCGGUCAGAUGUUGACCCUCAGAUGUCUGACAACGUGGUUUCUGGAAAUCAUGGCGAGGCGUCGAGGUGUAGUUCACCUCCUCUGUCUGAGCCCAUUUUGAGUCCAGAUGACUCCAGAUCUAUUGGUACUUCACAACGUCAUCAGGUAGGUUUGGUAGGGGAUGUGACUCGUGUGACAUCUGGGACCAGCGUAAACAGAAAGAGGCCAAAGGACAGUGACUCUGAAGAGGAGCCCCCUGCCAAGAGGACCAGGGAGAGUGAUGUUGAUGAAGAGGAACCUCUUCUCAGUCCCUCCACAAAUACGUUGUGUGAGGAUCCCGUUCAGUCAUUUCCACUCUCCAUUCCCUCGCCCAUGACAUUCUGGCUGGAUCACAUUAAUUCACCCUUCAGUAUUUCACCUCACAGUGCAUGUGAGGAUCCCGUUGCUGAAGUGGAGCUCCCCUCCAAGAGGUCCAGGGAGAGUGAUGUUGAUGAAGAGGAGCUCCCCUGCAAGUGGACCUGGGACAGUGAUGAAGAAGAGGAACCUCUUUUCAGUCCCUCCACAAAUAGGUUUUGUGAGGAUCCCGUUCAGUCAUUUCCACUCUCCAAUCCCUCGUCCAUGACAUUCUGGCUGGAUCACAUUUAUUCACCCUUCAGUAUUUCACCUGAGAGUGCAUGUGAGGAUCCCGUUCCGUCAUUCACUGUCCUCUGUCCCCCACAAUGGAUGGUGCAUGAGGAUUCUUCUCAGUCAUCCUCUGCCUCCAGUUCCUCGUCCAUGUCAUUGUUUGGGGAUCACCUUUUUUCACCCUUCGGUCUUUCACCUCAGAAUGCAUGUGAGGAUCCCAUUCUGUCCUCCCCUGUCGUUUGUCCUUCACCACCAACAUACUGCAAAAUUCCAAGUUCGUCAUUCCCUUGCAUAUGUGUCUGGAUGAAGUCUCAAAUGGACGAAGAAGAGGAACCUAUACCUUCAACAUCUGGGAUUGGAUCUGACAGAAUUAGAGGAAGAGUGAGUUCCAGACAAGUGUUUUUUAGACCUCAUUACGACUUGUCAGGUGAUGACUCUGAUUAGAGUGGGAUCUUGAAAAACCGAAGACCUACCUGAGAAGUCCCAUUAGGAAAACGUAAUUUCUCUGUUGUUUUUGUUAAAGCCAAUGGCUUUCUAGCAGGACCGAGGAUGCCUUAGGUAGCGUCUUGCACCGGGGCUUUUCUUUGUCCCGCUGCUAGAUUUUUUAUGUUAUGUUAGAUGAAAAUCUUUAAGGAUAAAAGAAAGAGAUAAAUAUUUGGUUAGGGCUUGGUCCAGUGACUUGGACCACCAUAGAUACAGUUUAUUCUGAGGUUCUGGUUCAUGGUCCUCACCAGUCUCCAGACUGCAAGCUGCUCUGUCAGUCCCAGUCAGAGCAGCUCGCAGUGAGACUGCUUCCUCCAAGAUUCCCCUUGCGGUUCUGACUCUGUUUUCCUCUCUACUCUCCCAUGUUUCAGGGUGUAAUCGCGGUG